AUGUCAUUUAAGACGGUUUCCAAAGCUGCUCGCUCAGCGGCUCCACAGCGUGCACUGCAUAGAAAGCACUUUUCUUCAUCAAUCGAUAGUACAACAGUGCUGACACGCGAAUUCAUUCACGCGGCGCUGUAUGCUAAGGAGGAGGGAUAUUUUACGACACAACAGCGGGAGGUGCUACACGCACCAACGCAAGGCAUCGACUUUGGCAACUUGUGGGGCGCAAGAGAGUACCGCAACGUAGUAGCAAAGCUGUAUAUGGAUAGUGCUGAGGCGUGGCUUACACCUGUAGAGAUAUUCGCACCAUUUUACUCCCACGCAGUGGCGCGCUAUAUGCUCAAUUCGCCCUUCUUCCGCCAGCCCCUCAACAUUUACGAAAUUGGCGGUGGCUCUGGAUCUAAUGCGCUGCACAUCCUUAACUUCUUGAAGGAGCAGGUGCCCACAGUAUAUGCAAACACUAAAUAUACGCUCAUCGAGAUCAGCUCCGUUAUGGCCGAGCGUCAGCGCAAGCGUGUAGCCGCCGUGCAUCCGCAACAGUGCACAAUUGUUAACGAAGACAUCUUGAAUUUCGCAGAAGCACACGCACCUAUUACUUCAGAGUGUUUUUUUCUGGCUUUUGAAGUGCUAGACAACUUGCCGCAUGAUAAAGUCUCGCUACAAAAUGGUCAAUGGUUUGAAACCGUUGUAAGAAAUCAAAGCGGAGCAAACGGUCCGAUGCUGGAGGAGGCAAGGCGACCCAUCGAGGACAUGCUUAUACGCGAGACGCUUCUUCACUUUGGCUGUGACCUGCCGCUGCGCGUUUCAUACAAGAAUAACACAGGUCUUGCACGGCAUGUGAGACGUCUGCUGGGCAUUCAAGACGUAGCAUUCACCUCGGCAUUUAUCCCGACAGGUGCCAUGCAGCUGCUGAAAACACUCCGCAUAGCAUUUCCAAAACACCAUCUCAUUGCUGCCGACUUCGACUCGCUCCCGGCUCCAGAGCUUGAUACAAAGUCUUCUAUAAAAGCUAUCUCCCACCCACUAAGUCCUACAGCUACAUCGGCUGGAACUCUCUCUGCUGGAAAUGCACCGCUUGUGGCGUCGAAAAUUACUGGCGUGACGCAAGACCACGACACGUACCUGGUGCAAGGCGGAGUCGCAGACAUUUUUUUCCCUACUGAUUUUAGCAAGCUUAAAAAAGCAUAUUGCUUCGCUCUUCAGCGCGAGCCCGACGAGAUUUCAGUCGUUAAGUCAUCCACCUUUUUGAAGGAGUUUGCCGAUGUUGAGAAGACCAAAACAAUUACCCGGUUCAACCCCUUACUUGAAGACUAUUCCAACACGAGCUUUAUUUUAUCUUAG